AUGCCUAAAAAACCUUUAAAAACAUUUAUUGCAAUAGCUGUUUCUUUUGCAGGUGUCCACUACUUCAUAUCAGGUCUAAUGAUAGUGACGAGUGGCAUAGGUUUCCUGAACAGCUGCGUGACGAUGAACCGCAGUUCCAGUAAGAAUACAGGUCGGAAUAUCACCACCUGGUUAUUACUGGAUUCCUUGUUUGAAACCACGCGGGUUGUGUACGUGUUCGUCUGCGAAAUUAUGCUGAAAGGGAAGGGUCCAAUGCAGUUGUAUGAGUUGCUGAUCAGCGCUGCGCAAUACUGUAAGUUUCCGUUCCUUUGUUGCCCCCCUGUAUCUUGUGUCAUAUGCUUCCAUCCGGGAAUCAGUGUCGUUCGUGACGUAACACUCAAUUGCCCAGUUAGCGCGCUAUUCGACCCCUCUAAUAACCCUGUCAUUGUUAUUCAUUUUGCCGAGUUAGUUAGGUACAUAGGACUUGCUGUCUGCGUCCAUACUCUUUUGUACACUACCCAGCGAUAA